GCCUUUUCCUGCCGCUGGGACGGGAUAUGGCGAAUGUCAAAGUGGCGGUGCGGGUCCGGCCUCUGAGCAAAAGAGAGCAUGCAGAAGGAAGAAGAAUAAUUGUAGAAGCUGAAGACACAGUAGCAAAAAUUAGAAACAUAAAGGUGGACAACAGGUAUGAAGGUCUUUGGGACACAAGGGAGAAAGUUGUGUCAUUUGGGUUUGAUUACUGCUAUUGGUCAGUUGAUCCUGAGGAUCCCAAAUAUGCAUCCCAGGAAUUGGUUUUUCAGGACCUUGGUACUUCAGUAUUAUCUGGUGCUUUUAAAGGAUACAACAUUUGUCUGUUUGCAUAUGGACAGACUGGUUCAGGAAAAACAUACACCAUGAUGGGAACUCCAGCAUCUGUUGGAUUAACUCCACGUAUAUGUGAGGGUCUGUUUUCAAGGGAAGAUGACUAUUUAAAACACCCAGCAUCAUGUAGAGUAGAAGUCAGUUUCCUAGAAAUCUAUAAUGAGCGAGUACGAGAUUUAUUGAGGCAACCAACACAUGAAAAACCAUACACACUUCGUGUCCGUGAGCAUCCUGAGACAGGGCCAUAUGUACAAGGACUGUCUCAGCAUGUGGUUACGGACUACCGUCAAGUAGUUAGACUUUUGGAAGAAGGAGUAGCAAACAGAAUUACUGCGGUUACACAUGUUCAUGACGCCAGUAGCAGAUCCCAUGCCAUCUUCACUAUUCAGUAUACUCAAGCUAUAUUAGAGAAUAACCUGCCCUCUGAAAUCGCAAGCAAGAUCAACUUAGUGGACCUUGCAGGCAGUGAAAGAGCUGAUCCCAGUUACUGCAAAGAUCGAAUUACAGAAGGUGCCAACAUUAACAAAUCAUUGGUGACGUUGGGAAUUGUCAUCUCUACCUUAGCACAAAAUUCUCAGAUGAUCAGCAGUUGCCAGAGUAUAAACAGCAUAGCCAGUGAUGUGGAUAGCAGCCACACAGGCAGCCACUGUGGAGCCAGUGUCAGUGGUCAGAGGCGUCAAGCUUACAUUCCAUACCGUGACUCCAUCCUCACUUGGCUUCUGAAGGAUAGUUUGGGUGGUAAUUCAAAGACAAUCAUGAUUGCAACGAUCUCUCCUGCAAGUUCUUGCUAUAAUGAGACCAUGAAUACCUUGCGAUAUGCCUCAAAUGCCAAAAACAUUAUUAACAAACCCCGGGUGAAUGAGGAUGCAAAUGUGAAGCUGAUUAGAGAACUCAGAGAAGAAAUUGACCGACUGAAAGCUAUGCUGAUGAGCUUUGAACUGAGGAAUUUUAGUCCAUCAUGGAGUGAUGAUAAAGAUGGAAAUUUGACAGAAUUAGUUCUUCAGAAUGAACUUAAGAUUGAGCAGCUGACCAAAGACUGGACAGAUAAGUGGAUUAACAAGAAAGCUAUCAUGGAAGAAUACAGGGUGGAUAUCAACAAGAAAAAAUCUGGAGUGACAAUUGAUUCCAGUUUACCUCACUUAAUGACCAUGGAGGAAGAUAUCCUUAGUACUGGAGUUGUGCUUUAUCAUCUCAGGGAAGGAACAACCAAAAUUGGAAGAUGUGAUUCAAACCAGGAGCAGGAUAUUGUUCUGCAAGGUGAAUGGAUUGAGAAGGACCACUGCAUUAUAGAAAACCAGCAUGGGGUUGUGACUCUGCUGCCUCUUCAGGGAGCCCACUGCAUUGUGAAUGGCCACAAAGUCACAGAUUCCUUCCGUUUGUCACAGGGAGCUCUUGUUGUUCUGGGUAAAGCUCACAAGUUCAGGUUCAAUCAUCCAGCCGAGGCUGCCAUUUUAAGGCAAAGACGAUCGAUCAGUGAGACCUCUUCUACUGUGAGGUGUAGAUCUCUUGAAUGGUUAAAUCUGGAUGGAGACUUUGCACCUUUGCUUUCCCAUAACUUGUAUCCAGCUGAAAAAGAAAGCAGUAAACAAGUAGAUGCCAUCCAUGAAGAAGGCCAGCCAAAAGAGAAAAACAAGGAUGUUCGCCGCAGUAAGAAACUUCAAAAGCAGCUGCUAAUAGUUGAAGAAUUACAACAGCAGAUCUUGGAUGGAAAAAUUAAAGCUGAACAAGAGCUAGAACAUGAUCAGGCAGUAAUCAAUCAGCAGGUCAGAGAAAACAAGCAGUGGCUCAUUAAUGAAAAGAAACGGCUGUCAGUGCAGCAACAGCAGGAAUCUGCUGUGCAGACAGAAGUCAAAUCGUAUGCAGAAGCAGGAGUCCAGAAUAUAUUGGAACUGGAGAUCUGCCCUUCUCCGAUACAGCAGAACAAAAAGAAAUUGGUACAGCUAGAACUUUUGCAGAAAUACUCCUUGAAGAAAGCAGAAAGAAAUUUAAGGCGGAAGAAGGUCAAACUAUACUUAGAGAGGAUUGUGAAGAAGCAAAAAUUACUUGAGGCCAAGAAAAACCUGGAACAGUUAGAAGCUAGUUGCUGGAUCAACGAAGAUAAUGUGAAACAUUCCUGUCUUCUCUAUCAAGAUACCAUAGUAACUUCUUGGGACUGCCAGCAUCCAAGGCCAGGCCAGUCAUCGGGUGCAAGCUCUUUGCAGCACAGAAGGAAUUCCUUUUUAAAUCUUCAGCUACCACAUGUCCCCAGUUGCUGUUUCCCCCCGAAAAGGGAUACCUUCAAUGAAUUAUCUACCUCAGCACACAGCUACAGAUGCUCUCAAGUCAGUCCAUCAAAGAAAUCAUUGGCUGUAGAAUAUCUUCCCAGAACAGUUAAAGAACUUUCCAGAACAGAUAACAUUGAUGUUGAGAGUGAUGGCUCCUUCUCAACCCAGAGGCAGCUAGCUGAAAUAUAUAAGUCAUUACGUCUGGCAAAUAAACAAAGAUUGGGCAGUAGCAUUAGUAAUACGCAUGUAAUUUCUCAUAUCUGUAAAGACUACAAUCAAAUGGAGAAAACAGAUAAUAGACCAAGGCAAACUAGACCUAAAGCCCAUGCUUCUAAGAACUGUUCUCCUGAUCUUUUUAAGAAAAAGAAUGAACCUGAAACCACAAAACAAGUGACUAAAACAAAAGCACUCGGAGACACUAGUCAAUGUAUGGGAAAACUCUUAGAAAAGAAUGACACUCAGGAAAUUAGUAAGAAAAAAGAAAAAUAUGUAAGAAACAAUUGCCAAGGUCCACUGCCAGCAAGUUCUAUCAAAGAACUAAAAAGGUCAGCAGUGUGUGGUAAACUACCAGUACAGCAUCUUAGCCAGACAACAAAGAAUGUAAAAAGAGAUCCAAAAGGAAAACAUUCAGAGGAAGGACGUGAGCUUCUGAGGCCAGCAACUUCAGCAGGAAGCCUUAACAAGAUCAAAAACAAGAGACCAUUCUGUCCUAGUGAAAAAAGAUGGCAUAGUGCUGAGGCGCUGAGUGUUGGAAUCUCAAAAAUCGCUCCUGAUCCACUGAGGAGCCUGCAAGAAGAUGAAGACAUUGAAUUUUCUGAUACAGAUAGUACAUAUUCUGUGGAUUCUCUUUCAUGUAUUUAUAAAACAGACCUGACUGAGCAAGAUAGGCAGGAAGAAUCAGCUGGAAUUCAGGACACUCUUGACCAGGAGGACUCUGAAAGUGAUGACAGCCAGAUGUCUCAGGAUUCUCUUACAGAAAAGAUAAACAAACCUGAAAGCCAAGAUCAAAAGUGUUUUCCUUGCAUCCAUCAAGAGCCUAUUAACUUUAACAAAGACAAUAACUAUCAGCCUCUCUCAGUAUUGGCAACCACAUCUACAUCAGGCAAUAAUUUGACUCAGCAUGAGAGAAGCUUUUCUUUGGAUAGUCUAAGUGAUGUUUAUGAAGUGUCAGAAGACAUGGCAGAGAAAUGCAAAUUGGAGUCAUUUGAUGAAGUGCCAGCAGAACUUUUUUGGGGAUUGCAAAAUCCACAGUUAGAAACCAGAAACAGCAAUGAACAGCGCAAUCCUGAGAUCUGUGAUGAAAAUGUAAUAAGAAAAUCUGAUGAUGUGAGUUUCAAUGUUAGUUCUUUUUACCUGGAUGCUAGACAACAGUCUGUUUCCAGUAGCAUUGGUGAUCAGUCACUGAAGGAGAUGAAAAUUAAUUUUUCAGUCCAAGGAAGUUCUGUAGAUCAAAGACCACAUGUUGCAGGUGAAAAUCUUCCAGUUUUGUCAGAUGCUUGGCUGUCCUAUGACUUAAAAAGUAGAAAAAGCAGCUCCAUUAUAGCAAUGUCUUCUUCCCAAGACCACUCAGAUUUUCAAGUUGCUCAGGUGCACCCUUUUAACAUGUCACAUAGCUGGAUGAAAAAAGAUGAACUAAGACAGUCAGCUGCUGAAUUAUCAUUUGUCUCUUAUAAAGAGCCUCAUUGGAUAUCUCAUGAGCCUAACAACAUUGAAAUGCUAUUUUCAUCUGCACCACCAUCAACACCUUUACCAGAAACAAGAAAACAUCUUGAGCGAGAAACUGUUGGACCCACGAUGUCAGUUUUCAGUUCAGCAGCAGACAUUUUAUUUGAUCAUGUUUCUGCAUUUCCUGCAAAACACAGUUACUGUGAGAUUGCCUCACCACCAGAGUCUAAUAGCCAUCAAUCUGAUAAGUUUGCCAGGGAUGGAUCUACUGGUGAAUGGAAAAAAACAUCUAGCUGUCUAAAAGAAGCCUCAGGCAAAAGUAAUUUAUUGCAAACAUCAGAAAAACAAGACCUCUCUGUUUCUUCAGUUUAUCGUGAGAAGAAUGAAGAUUCUAAAAAUAACUCAUUAAUUUCUACAUCCGGUACUCCCUCUUUACAAGGAGAAGAACCUCACAAAACUUCUAAUUUAUAUGACAGUGUCUUUAGAACUAUUGAAAAAGAAGAAAUUGAUUAUGACUCCGAUAGUAGUAUAAGGGACUCAAAAGUAGUGAAUUUGAAUACUGAAGAUAAACCCAUUUGCUCAUUAUUCAGUGGGCCUCCUAGAUUGACUACAGUGGGUGCAACACAAGAAAAAUAUCAAGGCUAUGAAAAUUUGUUUUCAAAAGAGAAAACAUUAUUUAGUAAUGAAGGUUUCUAUCUGUGUGACAUAAGAAGCAAACGUCAAAAUCAUGUUGAGAAAGAAGAGUAUUCUGAUGAUAAGAUGCAUUUGCUAAGACAUGAUGGAUGUAAUUUUGACCUAGCACAGAAAAUAAGAUACCAGCAGGUGUUGGCAGGUGACACUUCUGUAGACAGUUCUUCUGAAAACAAAUUGUAUCAAAUGAAGACAGCAGCCUUUCACCAUAAUGAUCAUUUUACUCCAGCACUACAAACAUCUGCGACUGAGAAAGCCACUAUACAUGAAAACAGAGAUGUCCUAACAGAAUCUGCUUUAGAAGUUCCUUCGUUUAGAGAGGUGGAAGAAAACAAAUUGCAAGAUGAAGAAUGGAGUACAGAGAAUCAUUUUGAAUUUCAAACGGAAGCCUUAAUGAGCAAGUCUUAUUCAGGUUUCAUACCAGAGGGCUCGGAAAAGUGCUCAAGACAAAAAGGUUCAUUAAAUUUGGAUGCUGAACAUUUGAUGGGAAACAGCAGCAAAGGAAAAAGAUAUAACAUGACUUUUAUGGAUUUGGUGACAGACAAAGUGGUGUGUUCUAAUAUGAAUAUAAAUGAGAAAAAGGCUAAACUUUCAGUGCUCAGUUCUUGUUCAGUUGAUGAUAAUGUGUCUUCACAAUCCAAUCCAAAUACAUUGUACCAAAACACACCUAGAGAACAAAAGGAUGUUUGUGAGACCAGAUCAUCUUGUACAGAAAAUAAUGCAGAAGAAAGUUGUUCUGGCUCUGUUACCACUACUGAUGAGAAACACAUAAUACACAAAGUUCUUAAUGAGUCUGUUAAGUUUGGCGGUGCUGGCAAAACCAAAGUUCGGCACAGAUCUUUACCUUCAUCAAGAGAGGUGAAAGAAGCUUCACUUUUGUGUAUGGACCUUAAAAAAAUUGAGUAUUCAGGAGUGGAAUUGUGUACCACUCGAGCCAGAAAUUAUACUGAAAAUAAUUCUGUGUUAGAAAACAGAGUUUUCUCAGCCACAGCUUCCCAAGCACAGACUCCCUGUGUGAAUAAAGAAUCUGAAUAUCUCAAAGACAAAGUUGUCACAGCCGGCCUAACUCUUUCUGGAGAAAAUAAGAGUAAACACAAUAAUAAGGCAGAACGCUCUGAAGAACUCACUAAGCUAAUAAAUAGUGUUAACAAACUGGAAAGUGACAUAUUUGAAAUUAAAUCUAGUCAGGAUAAAAGUUUGCAUAACUACCUUGAAUCUCAAAGUGAACCUGUAGUGUAUAGGAAGAACUUUGAAUCAAGUUCUCCCUUUCACAGACCCAGCAAUGAUCAUGAGAACAGCGAAAGGAAAUUGCUUGUAUCAGUAACACAGGAAGAAAACAAUAAAGAGAAGAUCCAGUUGAGUGAUGACAGGAGAACUGUGUGCAUCAAAGGAGAACUGCAUGCAUCAAAAACAGCAACUGGGCCUGACAUCACUUUUCAGCCAAGCAAUGUUAAUGAAAAUAAAAUUCAAGAAAAUACAAACGAAAGUGAUUGUCACACCACAGACGCUGAAGCAGAUUCUAAGAGAACUGACUCAGCUGUGCGUUGUAGCUUAACAGAUUUAGCUAAAAACACUGUAAACUUCAUUGAUGAAUAUGAAGAACCUGUUCAAGCUGACAGAGUUAUAAAAACUGUUUGUGCCCCUGUACCCACAGUAAUUUCAAUACCCACUGAAAAUGGGCAAGAGGACACUUUAGAAGACACUAAAGAACAUAAACAAAUGCCUCCUAACAUUGAAAGUAAGAGUUGUUUAACAGAAAGUUUGAUAUCCCCCAAGGUUGUUUUUCAAGAAAAUGAAGUUGAUGGGAAUAUAAUUAAUCUUGAAACAAAGGGGGGGAAACAAAGCAAAACAUCAGAAAACAAGAAGUUAGUUGGGCUACACACUGCUGAAAAUGAUGUUUUGAUCCAAGAAAAGCCAGCUUACAAUCAUAUGUACGGUGACAGUGCCGAUGAUGAGAUACCAGAAAAGUAUUUUGUUUCUUCUAUAUUGGAAGAAGAGCAUGGGCUUCAGUUGCCAGUAACAUGUCUUGAUAUAGAUGAAACACACAGAGAAAGAAAUCAUACAGGUGUCACAAAUGAAACACUGAAAGACAACAGUAAUGAUGGUUCUUUGUGUGAAGAUAGAGAUAUAAUUGGACAGUGCAAGAUAAGUGAAGAGUUUGGACAUGCUGACAGUUUUGAAAACAUUAAUGCAUCUGUAACUUCUGUUGAAAAUGGGCCUGAUGUCUAUAAAUCUGUCCCAAAUCACUUUAUACCUAAGAAAAAAGAGGAAACACAUCUGGUAACUCCAGUGCAGUUGGCUAUGACAGAGGUAUUGGCCCAAAGCCCCAGCACACAAAGCAUGCAUCAAGGUGAAGUUCUAAUAGAGAACAAGUACAGUUACUGUUUUUCAAACAAAGAGACCUUGUUCAGUGAGGUAUCGGAAGAAAGUGAAUGGUUACCUCACAUUUUUUCAAAGAAUAAAGGUGACAUUGGUGAUGACUCAGUAUGUACUAACCGAAAAGAUCUACCAAAAAGUAUAAAUCAAGACUAUAGAGUAACUGCCUUAGCUGUUAAAGAUUUGUUCUGUCAGCCUACCCAUAGUCCUUUGUUCAUUGGAAAAAACAGAAGUGGAGAAAAUACUCAGGGGGACCCUAUUGAUGCAAGCAAUUCUGGAGCGCCAUUCAGUAGAAGUACUGGUGAGGUUGCAGGUCUCCAAUACUAUGAAACACAAAUGGAUAUUGACAUACAGACUGGAACACUCUCUACCAAAGGAAGAAGAGAUGAUUCUGAUAUCAUGCACAACAAAUAUAUUAACUUACCUCAUGAUCUGCUAGAGCAGGACAGAGAGAUGAAAGCAGACAUCAGAUUUAAAAAAACUUCUAAUUAUAUUGGAUCUGUGCAGAUUCCUAGUGAGGAUAACCCAUGUCCAAAAUCAUGUAUUGCAGAAUAUUACGGAUCACUAGCUUUUGCUCCUGCUGGUGACACAGGCAGUGAAACAACGCCUCUCACAAAAUUAUUAUCGGAAAAUAAUGAUUUGGAGACUUCUAAUGAAAAAUACAGUGCAAUUGAAGACCAAAUGCCAGAACAUUAUUUACAUUCAAUUAAAAACAUACCUCAAAAAGAAAGUGCUGUGUUAGGCUCAUUUGGUUCCAGAACAACAAAUGAGCUUCCCUCUGCAAUGUUCAACGAAAAUGUAGAAGAAAUAAUACAGUGUUUACCUGAACUUUCUUCGCAAGAGGAUUUUAAUAGUAUUAACAGUCAGAAGGUGUUGGAUUCACUAUUGCAAUGUAAUCAGACAAAUACAUGCUUACAAAAUACUAAUUGCCCUGUGACAGAAUGUAAAACAAAUAGCAUAAGGAUUAUUAAAGAAUUGGGAUGCCAAGCAGAAACCACCGAAACUCUGGUGUACAGAUCUUCUCAUGAUCUCUGUGGGAGGGACUCUGAGGUAACAUCAGAAGGUGGAGAAGAACUUUUACAGCAUUCUACUCAAGUCUUGUGGGAAAACUCUGAUUACCGUGAUGACAGUUGUGCACAAUACAAUGUGAAAUCUUAUGUUUCUGAAUAUUCUUCUAAUCUCUUGAACAGUUCAGCUACACUUCCUAAUGUUUUGUUAGAGUGCCCUCAAGACAAGUAUGAAGCUGAUGGCCUGUAUUUUGAGGAAAGAAAAUAUAUGAACUCUAAAGUUUUGGAUGUAACAGGUGAUUAUGAUGUUCAUCAGGAAUAUAGCAAAAUCAUCAGUAAUGCUGAUAGUGCAAAAACUCAAGAAAUAGCAGAAAUGUAUCAAAAGGAAAAGCAAGAGGGAAGUUUUUUCCUUGAAUGUCUGGGUAACAAAGAAAAUCAUCUAUAUUUACAGUCUGAGAAUGACGUAGACAGGGCAGAAAUAAGUUUUCAGGAGAGAAGCUUGUUUACUCAUCAAAAUUUAGAAAAAAGAAGAAAUGAUGAAGCGAUGCAGACUCAUUUGUGUUCUCUGAAAGAUUUUUCCGUGUGUACAGGAUUUGAAAAUGCAAGCAUUCUUGAGUCUUCAAGAUCACCUGAAGAUUUCACAUCUUCCACUCGUAUGCAUUAUGCUGACUCACUGGAAGAUGCCUUUUUGACUUCCCAUUUAUCGUCUGCUUUUCAAGUGCAAGAAGGUCAAGCGGUUGGUCAUGAGGCUUUCCCAAAGGUUCGAUGCUCAUCUUCAGAAGCCUCUGUUAGCCUCAGUAGAUGUCAGAGCAAAACUGAAAGGUGUGUUGUUCUACAUGCAGCUACAUCAAGCUUCCCAGAGCUUGCUACCAGUCAAAUGCAAGAAAGUCAGUGCAAUGAUACUGUGAUAUUUGGCCAGCAGCCAUGUGCUUUAGAAACUUCUAGCUCUCAAAGAAACACAACUUUAGAAGACAGUGAAAUCCACAAAUCUAAACUUGAAAAAACCCACCAUGAAGCAGAUGUUUGUCAAGAGUCUAGGGUGAAAGUUCCACCACAAAGAUCUUUAGAAAGCAUUGGCGCAAACUCAUAUCCUCCAUAUUCAUGUGCUGAUUCACUGAGAUAUCAAAGUACAUAUUUUAAUAGCAGAGUUGAUAUUGUAAAUAGACCUACCUCUGAAGCUAACACUGAUCAUGUAAAAGAAUAUGAGUUGAUGAAUAAGGAAAGGGGAUUUUUAAUGUCAGAACAGCUAAUUCCUUCAGUAAUCAAUGACAAAAUGUCUUCCAAAUAUUUAUCAGGAAACAGCUGUUUGUCUUUGCAAAAAAUACCUGAACCAGAGAUAGUUAGAAAGAAAACUUUUACUGCACAGAAUGCAAACAUCAAUAAAGAUGAUUUACAGCCUGGUUUACAGAGUCAUAGUUCAUCAGCCCCAGAGAUUGCGGUCAUGUCUGAUUUUGAAUGUGCUUCUGAAACUUCAUCUAAAAUAGACUAUUCUGAGCAUCUUGUUUCUAAGUCAUUACAAGAAUUAAAUAUGAGUGUUGAGCCUCCAUCCCCAACUGAAGAUGAUGUACACAGAACUGAAAGCUUUUUAAAAUUUAAGGCGGACAAUGUUGUACCAGUUAAAUAUAAACCCAGGUUUCAGAAGAAAUCAAUUCAAGCACAGAGAUCCAGUAACUGUGAUAAAAGAAACUGGAGAGAACGAUCUCAGAGCAGUCACUCUUCAGACCCCUCUCCUGUUCGCUAUCCAGUAGCUAUUGAUCACACAACUCAUAGUUCUAUGGAGACAGAGACAGGAAAGCAUUCAAAUAAUGUUCCUUUACUAUAUGGACACAAGGACACAAAAGAACCAAGAUACCAAACGGAAGCACCAGGUGGACUGUUACAGGACAAUAAAGAUGUGAUGCACUUUAGUUCAAGUGAUAUUAAUCCAUAUAUUCACUCAUGGCAGCAAGAUGAACGCUGUAAGAUUGGUUGGAAACAAUACGUUUUUGGAAGUGCAAGUGAUGUCUCUAGUAACCCACCUCCAUUGAGCCUGGAUACUCAAUCAGUUAUGAGGUGCUCCAGUGUGGAUAAUGGCUUAAACUCUGAGAAUUCCCCUUUCCAUUCUCAUCUCAGUUCUUAUGCUAAUGCAAGAAUACUGUCCAGCACCAUAAGUAGCACAGAUGACAUUCAGGGAUGGGAAGUUGCAAGAGAAGGCUUUGAAUCUACAGAUGAAAGUAGCAAGCAUUUUUCUAAUGUUUCUCAUGAUGAACUUGAAACUACACCUGAGAACUGUGUUUCCAAAUGUGAAAAUCUCUCUCAACAGUCCGGAAACAGGUCUAUGCAGGUGGAUGAAAUUGUUCUACUCUACCCUUCUGAAUCGGAUGUACCCUGUAGUAAACCUGAAGGGCUUCUCACUUGUGACCAGGAAACACAAACAGAGCCUCCAGCAAAGCAUAAAAGACAGAAGAGGCACCGUAGAAGCUACACUGAUAUAUCUGCAAGAAAACCAGAGGGAGCUCCGAGUUCAUUCCAACAGCCAUCUUCUUGGUCAAGUGUACAGAAUCUUUCCAUGCAUCUGUCACAACUGCUUCACAACACUUCUGAGCUUCUAGGAAAUUUUUCUUCAUACACUGUUAAAGACCAUGAACUAAGUGGCCAAAAAGUAACAGAUAAGGAAAGUGGGAAAGCUGUAGUGUCUGACAGCUAUACUCAAACAACAGAAGACAUAGGCAUUCAGACAGAUAUUUUAAGAUACCCUCAACACAAGAACAAGGAAAACAAAAUUAAACCUAAAAUAGAAAGUGAACCAGUGAAAUCUCAGGAGGUAAAUGUGAUUGUGAAAGUUGUACAUACAGAUACCGUAUCUCUGAUGAAGGAGAGAAUAUCAGAAAGCAAGGGUUUGAUUCUACAGAGCAUGCCUGACCUAAGAAGCCAUGAUGACAAUAACAUUCUAGAAGAAUCCUAUGUGUCCCAGGCUACCUUAAAUAAAGACUCCAGUCCUUCCCUAGAAGUACAGAAGAUACCAUUAAUUUCUACACAAACAGUUACUCUUGACAAUCCCCAAGCUUCUCUAGCUACAUCUUCUUUUCACUCUCAGCAUGAUGAGCCUUCACACACAGUAGUUAGUAUCCCUUCCUCUAGCAUUCCUCUGUCUUCAGCAUACUAUUCUCAAGAUAGGAAACCUGUAGGUAAACCUGGAAUUCCAGAAACAAGGGAGCUGUACUGUAAUAACAGUUUGUUUGUUGAUCGUGCAUCUUCCCCUAUUCUGACACUUAGUGCCAGUCCAGUCAGUCGUCAGUAUUCAUUAAACAUGUCCACUUCUUUCAAAGGUUCUGCUGAUAUUCAGAGAGAUGCUGCAAAUUUACUAACUACUUUUGGGGAAAGGGAAUCGGGUCCAUUGUACGACUUGGGUUCUCGGGAUCUUCAUGUUGAUACUUCUUCACAGACAGACAGUGAAUCUACCACAUCUAGAGAAAGCAAGGAAGUUUUCAGGAAGUCUGAAAAUGUCUUGGAUAAGAAUACAGCCAAAGAGCUUUCAGGAAUAGGUUCAUUAAAACAAAAGCACAGGUUUACCAUUGAUACACAUACUGCAAUUCACACCAAAAGACUCUAUCAUUCAAGCAGCACUUUGGAACUUUCUAGCCAUGGGGAAUACUUAGUUGAUGAUCACAGAGAGACUAUGCCAGUGGAACAUUCUUUUCAUCAGAUAUGUGCAACCAGGAGAGCAAGAAACUUUUCAGGUGGAAUCAAAUAUGAAAGUCCUAUUGGAAAUUCUGAAUCCUCACCAACAAAAAAGUCCUUUCAGAUCUCUUUAAAUGAGCUUAAUAGAUCUUCAUCUUUAAAAUCUACCGAGACCCCAGAGCGUCUGCUUGAUUCUCUUUCUCAGUGCCAUCAAGCUUGGAGAAAUAACAAAAGCUAUCUGUGUUCAACAUCUGAAAUGAGUGAAAUGCAAGGUGAUGAUACUGUUGAUGCAGAAUCAGACAUGGAAAGUGAGUGUAACACUGAAAUUCUACUAAAUGGAAGGACUCAUAGGCUUCGUAGCUACAGUCUUCGUGACCUGCCUGUGCACAAUAAAUUCAGCAACUGGUGUGGUGUGAGGGGUGGUGCUCACUCUUCUUUGACUAGCCUUACUCAAAGUACUGGUGAUAUCCAGAGCCCAGCAGAAAGGAGAACAAUUAACGCGAGAGCAACAGAAAUUCAAGAUAGAUCCUUGCUUAGUGAAAGGAGAGCCAGAGAAAUAGAGAGGCUACAAAGAGACCGUGCCCAGGUCAUGUCUGGCAUCCAUUUAGAUACGAAUCAGCCUCCCCUUACUGUGGAACUUACUGAGGCAAAGUUAAAUUAUGGCAUUGGGGAAACAGACGCACAACUGAGGAUCCUUCAGAGUGGAGCAGGCGAGCACUUGACAUCCGCGCCCACAAAGCAGCAACUUUAUGAAAGGCACAGAAAGUCAAUUGAGAUAUUGAGAAAAAAGAGAGAGGAGAGACUUCAGUGUUUCAGGAGGAGUCGUAGCCUCAGUCCGCAAAAACAUCUUAGUCUUCUGCAGUCGGGGGAUAUGAACCAGCAAGAUUCAGAUCUGCCUAGCCAGCGUCGUGAAUACCUACAGCGAUUGAGAAGAGAUGUGGUGAAAAAUUCCAGAGUUCAUGAACCAAAAAUGAGGAUUCAGCAUCCUUCAGAGAUUGAGCUGCUGCUUCGAGAUUAUCAAAGAGCACGAGAAGAGACAAAAACAGAAAUUGCACGAGCAAGAGACAAGCUUCGUGAAAGAGCAGAGCAAGAAAAGAAGCGCAUUCGAGAACAAAUGUUUUCUCAACUACAGAAGGAAGAAACGAAGCUGAAACCCCAAGUAAGCACAAGCACUUUAUGCACAGAUUCUACUCUCAGUCUAUCUUCAGGACCAACAUCUGGAUACCAUAGUAGUAACACAGCUACAUAUGCUGCUAGCUUACCGGACAAGCAAGAAGAACAGGCUACUGAAGAUGCAGAGCACACAAGAGGCCGUUCAGCUGUUAGAAAUCAUCAGGUUUAUAUUAUUGGACAACUGCAAAAAGAUUCCACUAAUGAGACGUUUCCUACAACACCUUCAUGUAUAGAGAAGAGCAGUAUCCAGUCACCACUUCCUGCCAGCCAUAGGUUCUUUCAUAGCGUAAUUGUUUCUCCCAGCACCUUUCCAUCUUCUCCUAUGAAAGGAUAUGAGAAUUUGUCUAAAUACGUCUUGGCUAAUGCUACUGCAGAGGUUAUGGCAGUAUGUUCAAAUGACCUGAGGAAUCUUUACAGUGGCCAGGUGACAGCUGGUUGGAAAUACCAGUGUAUGGAAAAGGAUGUACUAGUUUAUUAUAAAGCCUUUUCAUCCUCUGCAACAAAGCACGGGUUCCUGGGAGCAGGAGUGAUUGACAGACCUCUCCCCACUGUGUUGUGUAUGCUGAAGGACCCUAGCAAAAGGCAUUUGUAUGACAGAACCAUCACCACCGCUCAAGUACAUAAGAAAAUAACCAGCAGUAUUGAGUUGGUGUAUGUGGUGAGUGACAUUUCAUUGUGCUACCAAAAGCAACCGAGAGACUUCUGCUGCAUCUCUGUAGAAGCCAAAGAGGAAAACGUGUGCAUCCUAGCUCUCCAGUCAGUGUAUGAAGAAUCAAUGCCUCGUCCUUGUAAAGAAAUGGUACGAGGAGAGAUUUUGCCCAGUGCUUGGAUAUUAGAACCUGAUACUGUGAAUGGGAGAGACAUCACCAAAGUCAUCUACAUGGUACAGGUUGACCUUGGUGCCCCGGCCAUCCCUGCAAGGCUCCUGAGCUCCGUUGCUAAGCGGCAGCCUUUGGUGAUAGCCAGACUAGCUCAUUUUCUGGCUGGUUAG